CUUCAUCCUCCAGCCUCUCACCCCUCGCAUCGCAUCGCAUCCAUCCAGCCCCUCGCCUCUCGACCCGGCCUACAACCAUGCCAACGUUUGCGAGCCCCCGCCGGUGGUCCACACGGGCCGCCGGCGCGGCGUCUACGGCGCUCGCCGCCGCCGUCUUCGCGCUCCUGGACGUCGUCGACGUGCUCCUCUGCCUCGUGUACGCCCUCCUCGACGGCAUCCUGGAGGAGAGCCCCGUGCGCUGCUACUGCCACAGGAGCCACGGCGGCGGGGCAGCGGACGCCGACGAGGAGGAGGUCUCCGACACGCUGUACGCGCGGAGGAGCGCCGUCAGGGGCGCGCUGCUGGGGCUCCUGGGGCUCGUCGUCAGGAGGAGAGCGGCGCCGGACAAGGGGCCGUGCAAGUGGCGCAGCCCCAGGUGGUCGGACUGCGGGUGCAAGUCGUGCGUCGCGUGGCGGGGCAGCCAAGGCGGCGGCCGGCUGCACGUCGUCGUCAAGGAGCCCAAAGAUACAGCAGGAGCAACUGAUGGUACCGAGAAUGCCACCUUCGUGCACGGCUUCACGUCGUCGUCUUCCUUCUGGGCCGAGACGGUGUUCCGCGAAUCCUCCAUCCUCAACGGCAGGCUGUUCGCGGUGGAUCUCCUGGGCUUCGGCCAGAGCCCCAAGCCGGCGAACUGCAUGUACCGACUGAAAGACCACGUCGAGGCGAUCGAGACAAGCCUUAUCGAGCCGCAGAACCUGAGCUCCUUUCACCUGGUCGCCCACUCCAUGGGCUGCAUCAUCGCCCUCGCGCUGGCUGCCAAGCACCCAACCCGGGUGAAAUCGAUCACAUUGGUCGCACCACCGUACUUCCUGCCGUGCGAGCAGAAGGCGAGCCAGGUCGCGCUGAGCAGGCUGGCCGAGAAGAAGCUGUGGCCGCCAUUGCUGUUCGGUUCGGCGGUGAUGUCGUGGUACGAGCACAUCGGGAGGACGGUCUGCUUCCUCCUCUGCAGGAACCACCUGCUGUGGGAGUGGCUCGUCAGGCUCCUCACAAGCGGAAACAGGGAUGUGGAUUUCCGGUUGAGGGAUCUGACGAGGCACACCCACCACUCCGCGUGGCACACGAUGCACAACGUCAUCUGCGGGGGGGCGAGGCUGCAGGACAGGAACCUGGAGGCCGUCGAGGCGGCCGGCAUCCCGGUGAUGGUGAUCCACGGCGGCAGGGACCCGGUGGUUCCGGUCGAGUGCAGCCGUCAUCUGAAAGCUAAGCUCCCUCACGCGGAGCUCCGCCUCAUGGCCGGGUGUGACCACGCGACCGUGGUCUCGGGUAGGGAAAGGGGAUUCGCUGAGGAGCUCGCGGCGUUCUGGCGGGUUCAUGGAGGAUGCUGAUUUACAUGUUCUGACUACUAGUUUGUUAGCACAACUAAGACUCGAUUGUCGAUUGUAACAUGUACAUUGUUCAGCUAGCCAAAACUGGAAUACGCCCCUCAGUAAGGGUCAGUGCUUUGGGUCCUCCUCCUUGCGGCGGAACGGAACAGCUUCUCCAUGAGCAUCAUGCACUCCGGCGGCCGUGUGGUGGCGCUGCUGCGGGACGCAACUGGGCAGCAGCAAAUGUAUCCAUACUUUAUAUGAUGAAGGCCUUUGCAGCAAA